AUGCCAAUCGCCGUGGAGAAGCAAGAAGAACAAACGAGCGGACCAAGCCCCCAUGCUCUUCUCCCCUUUCUUCAGUCCCAGUCUCAGACCGCACUCACCCGUCUCUACAACCGGCCCUCGUCAUGUCUCUCCAUCUUUCGCCUUCUCGCUCCCGUCGAGCGACAACUCGUCAUGAAUCUUCUUUGGCUGGAGUCGGCCAUCCCCACGAAUACCAUGAGCUCCUGGGUAGUAAAGGAGAACAAGAAAUUUUUCGACGAAGCCCUAGCUCAAUUAACACGGCUUCAUAUCCUCCCUAAUCCAUCUGCCAAGCUGGGCCUCAACCCAACCUUCAAGACCAGCCUUCGACAUGCAAUUACAGGCGGUGGUACGAGUGGUAGUUUUGGUGUUCCAGCGGAGGCAGAUGAUAAGAGAGGCCCACCGAGCGUUGAGAUACUGGACACGUACGCCUUGGAGCGAUGGGAGACUAUCCUGCAUUUCAUGGUAUCCUCUGGAACAGGCCAAAUGCCCACAAAACCGUCACAAGGCGUUUUGUACCUCCUACAACGCAGCAAGCUCAUGGCUCCGACUCAAGGCACAUUGCAGAUCACUUCGUCAGGAUUCCAAUUCCUCUUACACACGCCACACGCCCAGCUCUGGGAGCUGUUGUUGCAGUAUCUUGCAAUGGUUGAAGAACGGCAGAUGGAUCUUGUCGAGGUACUCAGCUUCCUCUUCAUGCUCUCUACCAUGGAGCUCGGUCGGGUACGACAGUUUCAUGAUUAUUCGGCAGAAAGCCUGAGUGAUACCCAAAAAGCCAUGCUUGAAGAUCUCCGUGAUUACGGUCUGAUCUGGCAGCGCAAGGCUACUUCCCGUCGGUUCAGCCCUACUCGUCUAGCGACGACUCUUACUUCUUCAUUACCACCUCUACCCACUGCCUCCGGAACGGGUACAAGUGGAACUGGACAGACGCAAGGCUUCAUCAUCCUAGAAACGAACUAUCGAUUGUAUGCGUACACAGAUAAUCCACUACAGACGGCGGUUCUGAACCUGUUUGUGACGAUGAAGAGUCGAUUUCCGAAUCUUGUGGUGGGUUCCAUCACAAGGGACAGUGUACGGAAGGCGCUGUCGAACGGGAUCACGGCAGACCAAAUCAUAAGUUAUUUGACGACAUACGCACAUCCUCAGAUGCGUAAAAACGUGAGUCGAUGUCGUUCGUUCACGCCCUUGCUGCCUGUGACGGUUCAAGACCAGAUCCGACUAUGGGAGCUCGAGCGGAACAGGCUCAAAUCUCAGGAGGGAUUCCUGUACACCGCAUUCGCCUCGCAAGCCGAUUACGAAUACGUCCUCACUUACGCUAAACAGCUCGACGUCGUCCUCUGGGAGAACCCCACCAAGCGAUGUUUCUUCGGCACGAUGGAGGGCCAUGCGAAUAUUAGGGGUUUUAUCGAGAGGAGGACGGCGGCUGGGGGUGGUGGGGCCGGUGCUGGCUUGGGAGGCGGCGGGUUUUAG